CGAUCCUACUAACACCAACUCAUCACUCAUCAACACAAAAUGAAGACUUCGCUUCCAUCGUUAUCGUUCUUGCUCUCUCUCUUCCUCUCCUCUUUCUUUCAUGGGGAGGCUGCAGUGUCCGUACUCGACGUCGACGGGAACGGCGUCCAAAGUGGUGUCAAGUAUUACGUCGUCCCGGUGAGCCAGACCCAAGGCGGCGGGCUUGAUCUGCUAACCCCAACUACUAGAUGCCCAAGGAGCGUCAUCCAAGUCGGCCCCAAAGUGACCGGGGGCGCCGUGGUCUUCACUCCGGCGGUGGCUACGAAGAAAGGCGUCGUCGUGAACGGGACGGAUCUCAACGUUGAGAUAUUCCCUAGCGCCGCAAACGCCGGCAAGUGCUCCAACGUCUGGAGAAUCUCCGGCAAUGAUCCUGAGAACGUCGACGUCGCUCAAUUCGUCGUGAGCAGCGGAGUGAAGGGGAACCCGAGCAGCUCGACGGCGGUCAACUGGUUCAUGAUUCUGAAGUCGGUCAACGGCUAUAAGUUUAAUUUUUGCCCGGUGUCCUUGUGCGACUGCAACCCGGUGUGCCAAGAUAUUGGCAUCUCCGUCAACAAAGCCGGAAAAAGGCUUCUGAAAGUUGACAUGAGCUUACCCACUUUUGAGGUCAACUUUAAGAAGGCCUAGCUGCUAGCUUACGUGGCAAUGUGGCAUUCAUUCAUCAUAAAUAAACUCAUGCAAUUAUAUUGAUUGGAUGCUUAUAUAAUAACACGUUUCAUAAAUAAACUUAUGCUACUACUACAAUUAAAACUUCCACUUUCUCUUUUUGUUAAAUAAUUUGUGUUUCACAACAUUUCUUACACAUUUCUCUCUCUUCUGCACAACUCUCCACCACACAAUAUCCACUAUCUUAAACUUUGUGUCAAACCCAUUUGGAAGUUAAAAUGGGAAAGGAGAUAGUACAAUACUAGCUAGCUUCGUAUUGUAUGCAUUAAUUAACACUACGUACGUAUAUACAUAAUAUAAGGGAAAAGUACUAGUCGUCUAGCUAGUCACACCAUGAAAUGAAAUAAAACUACUUUGUAUAUUGGAUAUAUGAUCAUAUAAAUGCUCGGGUAGCUCAGUUGGUCGAGUGGUGGGAAAAUUGGACCAAGUGAUCAAGGUUCGAAACUCGCGGCGGCCGUGUGGAGGUUACAGAACCUGAAAUAAGGCUGAAUCUCUGGUUCGCACGUGUAUAAGGUAUACUGCCGCUUUGCUGACUGAGUCACUGUGAUUAACCUCUCCAACAUCCUGUCGGGUCGGGGUGGGGUGCUCCUGGGGUGGGAGAUUCCACCUUUUGGACCAAGAUCAUAUAAAUGUUGUUUCUACUCUUUGGUUCCAUUAGUAAUAAAUUUAAACAUUACAAUUGUAUCAUUAUAAUUAUUAUUUGAGUAAAUUCCCUCAAUAAGAAUAAAAAAGUUUUGAAAUUCCAAAAUAGGAGUGUCUGUUUUUUACUCCCUCCGUCCCAUAAAACUUUGUCAUCUUUCCUUUUUGGGACGUCUCAAAAAACUUUGCCACUUUCCCUUUUAAUCAAUUAUUUUGUGGUUUCUGUUAUUUCUCUCUCCUCUGCACAAAGCUCAACCACACAGUUUUUACUUUAUUAUUCUCCGUGUCGGUCAACUUUGGCAAAGUUUUAAGGGACAGAGGUAGUAUUAAAUAAAUAGGAGUAAAUUUCUGCCUAAUUUGGCAUUACUAGGCUUUUAAACAUGACAUUUUUUUCAAAACUUGGCAGAUUACUCCUAUUCAGGGAAUAAAAAACAUGAUACUCCUAUUUUGGAAUUUUAAAGCUUUUUUACUCCUAUUUAAGGUAAUUUCUAUUAUUAAUUCUAUGAAUAAUACAAAUUCAUUCUACUCUUAAUAUGAACUAGAUUUUCACCCGUGCGAUGCACGGGGAAAAGAUUAGUAAAAUAUUAUGCAUUACUCCGUAUUAUUUGCUUACAAUAAUAAUAGAUGAUUGUUUUUGAAUAAAUGCAAUGUGUAAAUGCAAUUAAAUGAAAUUGUAAUAUUAUCACCGUCCCACUAAAAUUAGGACAUGUGAAGGUGAUGCUAUUGUUAGGAAAAGUGAAUUUAUGUGGUUGAUAUAAAUUUGAUAAAAGUAAAAAUAAAGUAAGAAUGAUUUGGAACCACACAAAUGUGUUAUUAGUAUAAGACAAUUUUAGUGAAACAGGACUAAAAAGGAAAGAUGAGACAAUGUUAACGGGGCGAAGUGAGUAAACAUUACGCUACUAUAACUAAGUUAUUUAUAUAAUCAAUACACUUGAGUGAUCACAUUUUUAUAAAUAACACUCCGUAAUCACUUUUAUUUACUAAAUGCAAAUAUAGAUCCCCUUUGGAUUUGUACAAUUUUUUUAUUCUUGUUUGAUUUUGUUUGUUUAAUAUUUUAAUUCUAUUUUCACAAACUUAAAUAAAAUUAUUGCCAUCUUAUAAAAUAGCAAAUAGAUCUAUUAAUUCUAUUUUAGGAAAACCAUUUCAAAACAUCUUUAAUUGAACUUUUUCAUUUAUUUUAUUUAUUUUAUAUUUUAUUCCCAAAAUUGACAACGUAUUAACAAAUAUUAUCUAAUAAUAAGCUAUUCACGACUCAAGAAAUUAAUAGAUCUAUUUGCUAUACUUUAUUUAUAAUAAGCUACUCAUAUUGUCCAAUGGGUAGGCCCAAAACAAAAGUGAGUGUUGGAAGCUCAAACCUACACUUAAGCUCUUAAAUUCCUUGAAUUUCUCUUGAUUAAUGUUCAAAUGAAUAAAAGUACAUGUUUGAAAUAAAGCAUAUCCAAAGUACCCAUCAUAUACAUAUACAUAUACAUAUACAUAUACAUAUACAUAUACAUAUACAUAUACAUAUACAUAUACAUAUACAUAUACAUAUACAUAUACAUAUACAUAUACAUAUACAUAUACAUAUACAUAUACAUAUACAUGUGCAAAAUGCACCAAAACGUGUAGUUUUUGAUACUCUAUUAUUUUUCACAUACCAAUCAACAGAGUUACUAAAAUAUCAUUACAUUUUUAUAAAAGAAUAUCAAUUCAUGUGGAGUCAAAUUUCUAAUUACUUGUCAGACUGUCAUGAGAAUGGCCACAUGAUUGGCAUAUAUCGCCCAUAUACGUAGUAUAUACUCCUUAGAUAAUAGUCGGUACCAAAUAAUAGAAAAAUCAUCAAAAUACUAAAUGACUAAUACAAUGAUAGAUAUAAAAUAUUAGUACAAAACAUAAAUGAUUGAUAAUUAAUAAUAAUAAAAACAUUAAAACAUUUCUUCUUAAGUUAGUAACAAAAAGGUACAUAUAAUGUGAUUAAUAAAAAAAUAAAAUAUGUCCAGCAGCUUCAAUAGAGUAGCCGUGGACAGUGGUAGAACUCCCAAUUGCAGAAAGAAGGUCUGAAGAAAUUAACCAACGACUCUCGUACCAGGAAGGUUGAAAUUACUUGGAGCUUCAGAAGAAUAUCAUACUGCGUAGGAAGCAAUUAAGCUCUGAAAUCAGAAUCUUCAAUCGUCCCAUGCUGCCUCUUCCGGCUUUGAGUCUCGCACUCUUGUCGAUCUCAGAAGUCGGGGGUUUUGGGCUCUGGGUGACGGCGUGUCGGCGUCUCAGUUUUCAAGCUUGUUUCUUGUUGUUCUCUGAGGGUGACCAGCUCUGCUUUUCUGAUAGUCUUCAUCAUCGUUUGUUACACCCUUAGCGUUCAGAAUUCUAAUGGCUGGCUAACACAACGGCGUGGAUAGAUGGAAGUCGACUUGCAGCCUUGCAGGAAAUUAACGACAUGCUUGCUGUGUUCAAAAUUGUUUCAAAGGCCGAUACAUUUUUUUUGCUGGCAUUUGGGGAAAUGGGAAGCCAGCUCCAAAAAAAAGUCGCCCAUACACGUUACUCUCUGACAUCUUUUACUUUAUCCAAGGCGCAAACAAAUAUCAUUUCAACAGUUGAGAUCGACAACUCCGUGUGACAGGCGGACAGCCAUCACAUUAUCAAAGCUAUUUUUAAUGCGCCCUACGUACGUAAGGAUUAAAAUUUCCCAAACAUCCGACCCGUUAUUUUAACCCGUAUCUUUAGGCGGG